AUGAACUCCGUUUUAAAUGGAGCACGUUCAUUACCAAUUUGUGCACUCAUCAAAACAACAUUUGAGAGGACACAAUCAUGGUUUCUUGAACGAGGACUAAAAGCACAGUACAUGCUACAAGCAGGCCACCAAUUUCUCGCCGACAUUAUUAGGAAAAAUCAACAAAAAUCAGCAUUUUGUCAUGUUCAUUGCUACAACCGUGAAAAUUCAGAAUUUGAUGUUCAAGAAAUUUCAACACCUCACCAAUAUCUCCCACAUCCAAUUUCCUAUAAGGUCAGGCUAAAUGAAUCGUGGUGCGAUUGUGGUAACUUCCAAGCUACUCGUCUCCCAUGUCAUCAUGUCAUUGCCAUUUGCACAAAUUCGCAUAUACCACUAACCCAAGUAAUUGAUCCAGUGUAUAGCCUUAAUAACAUUUACAAGUCAUACGAAGUACAAUUUCACCCAAUCCAAAAUGAAGAUUAUUGGUCUGCGUAUACAGGUCCAAAUUUCAUACCAGAUCCUCAUAUGCGACGCAAGGCAUCCGGAAGACCGUCUACAAAAAGGAUUCCUAAUGAGAUGGAUCAAUCCACUCCAAAUCAGCCCAAAAAAUGCUCUUACUGCCGCAACGAAGGUCAUCAUAGGGGAAAUUGUCCAUUUCGUCAAUAG